GUGGGGGGGAGGGGCUUCCCCCGCCCCCCUCCUACGCGUUCCCUAUGGCAACAGCGCCCCCUGGCGCGCGCCUCGCGUUUUGGCGCGAACGGGUGACGUCACACCGCGCGGCGUGACGUCACCAGCCCGGACGCGCUUCGACUCUGUUCGGGCGCGUCCGCCGCGCUUCGGGCGCCGCGCCGAUGAAUGCCGAAGCCCCUCGCAAAUUCUCGAGAGGGAUUUUUUUUCGCGACGCGAAUCGCAGCGAGGGUCGCCGCGUGCCACGAGAAGAAAUAAUCCGGCGGCGCGGGUAAUUUUUUGCGGCCGUCAAGGGUUCGGCGAAUCCAGCGCCCAUGGACUCGGACGGAGAUGGCGAUGGCGGCGUCAUGGCGGACGAGCACGCGCAUGCGCACUCGGCGCAUUUCCCAGAGGGCUCGGUGAGCGUGGCCAAUGUGGCUAUGCCUUCGGACCACGUCUUCACUUCGGCCGUGUCGGCGGUGUCUGACCACAUCCUGAACGGCCGCACCACCCUGCAGCUCGGAGACUCGCUGCCCCAGCAGAAGACGAGGCUGAUAGUGGUGCACGCGGACGGCACCCUGGUGGAGACCACGAGCCUCAAGCCGCCCACCGCCGCCCUCGUUUCGGGCUCCCAGCCCACCUCGGCCCCGCUGUCCCCCGAGCCCGAGAAGGACGGCACCAAGUACAGCUGGGACACGUCGGCCUACGAGAACGAGCUGCCCGUGCGCUGCCGCAACACCAGCGGCGUGCUUUACAAGAACCGCCUGGGCUCUGGCGGGCGAGGGAAAUGCAUCAAGCACGGCACCAUGUGGUACACUCCCAGCGAGUUUGAGGCCAUGUCUGGUCGCGCCAGCAGCAAGGACUGGAAGCGCAGCAUCCGCUACGCCGGGCGUCCCCUACAAUGCCUCAUCCAGGAUGGGCUGCUCACCCCUCACGCUGCCUCCUGCACUUGUGCCUCCUGCUGCGAUGACAUGUCCCUGGUGCAGUCGGGCCCCGUGCGGCUCUUCGUGCCGUACAAGCGCCGAAAGAAGGACACGGAGCUCUCCCACCACAGAAAGGACGGCUCCAAGAACAUCGCCGUCUUCCCCGCCACUCCCACCUACGGCGUGGCGUCGACGGGCGCGCUUGACGGCUCUCCCCCCGAGCUCCUGCCCUUUGAGCGCGGUGGCGGCGUCGGGGAGCACCUCGCCGCGGGCCCCGCGCUCCUCGCCGACCCCACCGGCCCCGCCGCGGACGUGUACGGCACCUCGGCCGCGCUGUCUCCUCUCCCUCCGCUGAACGUGACGUCACCGCACGCCGGGAAGCCCGUGUCUCCCACGCCGCAGCUGCUGGGCCUCGAGUGUCCGCACUCCGAGCUCACGUCUCACGUGGAGCACCACCAGCAGCAGCAGCAGGAUGAGCAGCAGCAGGAGGAGGAUCACCUGGAUCACCAGCAGCAGCAGCAGAACCAACACCUGUUGCAGCAGCAGCAGAGGCAGUGGCAGUACCUGGAGGAGAUGGUCAGCUCGCUCAUCAGCACAGCACAGCAGCUCAAGGCCGCCUUGGAACAGGCGAAACAGGAGGCCGCGAUGGCCCAGGCGAGGCUGCAGGCUGAAGCGGAGAGGGCCGAGCAGGUGCUGAACCCGUACCACGCGCGCCUCGAGUCUCAACUCCAUUUCCAACGCGUGGAGCUGGGCGAUGGGAAAACCGAACUCAUCAUCAAGCAAAUGUGCGUCAACUGCGGGCGCGAGGCCAUGAACGAGUGCACGGGAUGCCACAAGGUACACUACUGUUCCACCUUCUGCCAGCGUAAGGACUGGAAGGAGCACCAGCACGUGUGCGGCCACCCGCUGGCGGCGGCGCCGGUGGCGACGGGCGCCGACAUCUCCGUGGGGGACGGGGAGAGCGACCCCCGGGACAAGGUGUGAGGCGCUGCGCCGCCUCCGCCUGCGCUGCUCGUCGCUCGGCCCCUCCAGCGCCGCACGCCGCCGGGACGGCACCGCUCGCCCCUGGCUCACCCACACGGCUCACCCACACGGCUCGCCCCUGGCUCACCCACACGGCUCACCCACACCGCUCGCCCCUGGCUCACCCACACGGCUCGCCCACACGGCUCACCCACACGGCUCACCCACCCGGCUCACCCACACGGCUCACCCACACAGCUCACCCACAGAACUCUAUCUUCCAUUGCCACGCCGCUUGAUAUCGCGGUCAGUGCUGACGUGCGCACCCCCUGUGUGUACAGAACGCGCUCCAUGUGCAUACAGAGCGCGCUCCAUGUGUGUACAGAACGCUCCAUGUGUGUGCAGAACGCGCUCCAUGUGUGUACAGAGCGCGCUCCAUGUAUGUACAGAACGCGCUCCAUGUGUGUACAGAACGCGCUCCAUGUGUGUACAGAGCGCGCUCCAUGUGUGUGCAGAACGCGCUCCAUGUGCAUACAGAGCGCGCUCCAUCUGCAUACAGAACGCGCUCCAUGUGUGUACAGAACGCGCUCCAUGUGUGUACAGAACGCGCUCCAUGUGCGUACAGAACACGCUCCAUGUGUGUACAGAACGCUCCAUGUGUGUGCAGAACGCUCCAUGUGUGUACAGAACGCGCUUCAUGUGUGUACAGAACGCGUUCCAUGUGUGUACAGAACGCAUUCCAUGUGUGUACAGAGCGCGCUCCAUGUGUGUACAGAACGCGCUCCAUGUGCGUACAGAGCGCGCUCCAUGUGUGUACAGAACACGCUCCAUGUGCAUACAGAGCGCGCUCCAUGUGCAUACAGAACGCUCCAUGUGUGUACAGAACGCGCUCCAUGUGCGCACAGAAUGCGCUCCAUGUGCAUACAGAGCGCGCUCCAUGUGUGUACAGAACGCUCCAUGUGUGUACAGAACGCUCCAUGUGUGUACAGAACGCUCCAUGUGCGUACAGAACGCUCCAUGUGUGUACAGAACGCUCCAUGUGUGUACAGAGCGCGCUCCAUGUGUGUACAGAACGCUCCAUGUGUGUACAGAACGCUCCAUGUGUGUACAGAACGCUCCAUGUGCGUACAGAACGCUCCAUGUGUGUACAGAACGCUCCAUGUGUGUACAGAACGCGCUCCAUGUGUGUACAGCACGCUCCAUGUGUGUACAGCACGCUCCAUGUGCGUACAGAACGCGCUCCAUGUGUGUACAGAACGCGCUCCAUGUGUGUACAGCACGCUCCAUGUGUGUACAGCACGCUCCAUGUGCGUACAGAACGCUCCAUGUGUGUACAGAACGCUCCAUGUGUGUACAGCACGCUCCAUGUGUGUACAGCACGCUCCAUGUGCGUACAGAACGCGCUCCAUGUGUGUACAGCACGCUCCAUGUGUGUACAGCACGCUCCAUGUGUGUACAGCACGCUCCAUGUGUGUACAGAACGCGCUCCAUGUGUGUACAGCACGCUCCAUGUGUGUACAGCACGCUCCAUGUGUGUACAGCACGCUCCAUGUGUGUACAGCACGCUCCAUGUGCGUACAGCACGCUCCAUGUGUGUACAGAACGCUCCAUGUGUGUACAGAACGCUCCAUGUGUGUACAGAACGCUCCAUGUGUGUACAGCGCGCUCCAUGUGCGUACAGAACGCUCCAUGUGUGUACAGAACGCGCUCCAUGUGCAUACAGAACGCUCCAUGUGUGUGCAGAACGCGCUCCAUGUGUGUACAGAACGCGCUCCAUGUGCGUACAGCGCGCUCCAUGUGUGUACAGAACGCUCCAUGUGUGUACAGAACGCUCCAUGUGUGUACAGAACGCUCCAUGUGUGUACAGCACGCUCCAUGUGCGUACAGAACGCGCUCCAUGUGUGUACAGCACGCUCCAUGUGCAUACAGCACGCUCCAUGUGCAUACAGCACGCUCCAUGUGUGUACAGCACGCUCCAUGUGUGUACAGAACGCGCUCCAUGUGCAUACAGCACGCUCCAUGUGUGUACAGCACGCUCCAUGUGUGUACAGCACGCUCCAUGUGCGUACAGAACACGCUCCAUGUGUGUACAGCACGCUCCAUGUGUGUACAGAACGCGCUCCAUGUGCAUACAGCACGCUCCAUGUGUGUACAGCACGCUCCAUGUGUGUACAGAACGCUCCAUGUGUGUACAGCACGCUCCAUGUGCAUACAGCACGCUCCAUGUGUGUACAGCACGCUCCAUGUGUGUACAGAACGCUCCAUGUGUGUACAGAACGCUCCAUGUGUGUACAGCACGCUCCAUGUGUGUACAGCACGCUCCAUGUGUGUACAGAACGCGCUCCAUGUGCAUACAGCACGCUCCAUGUGUGUACAGCACGCUCCAUGUGUGUACAGAACGCGCUCCAUGUGCAUACAGCACGCUCCAUGUGUGUACAGCACGCUCCAUGUGUGUACAGAACGCGCUCCAUGUGUGUACAGCACGCUCCAUGUGUGUACAGAACGCGCUCCAUGUGCAUACAGCACGCUCCAUGUGUGUACAGCACGCUCCAUGUGUGUACAGAACGCGCUCCAUGUGUGUACAGCACGCUCCAUGUGUGUACAGCACGCUCCAUGUGCGUACAGAACGCUCCAUGUGUGUACAGCACGCUCCAUGUGUGUACAGCACGCUCCAUGUGCGUACAGAACGCUCCAUGUGUGUACAGCACGCUCCAUGUGUGUACAGCACGCUCCAUGUGCGUACAGAACGCUCCAUGUGCAUACAGCACGCUCCAUGUGUGUACAGAACGCUCCAUGUGUGUACAGAACGCUCCAUGUGUGUACAGAACGCGCUCCAUGUGUGUACAGAACGCGCUCCAUGUGCAUACAGCACGCUCCAUGUGUGUACAGAACGCGCUCAAAACGGUUAUGAAGCAGCUGUGAACCGCCCCAGCGCAGGACGAUCCUCAAAACAAAACGUCUCGAGACACUCGGAGGCGUUUCUCGCAUACGAAGUCUCUAACUUAUUAUCGUCGUUAUUAUUAACAUAACUAGCAUUGUGUGUGUUUUUCCCCUUGCGCACAUCUAAUUGAGGUGAAGCAUUCGUUGAGCGAAUCGGCGUCCCGCGUGGCGCGGAGCCGCUGGCUCGCUGCCGCGCGUUUGACGAACGCGCGGCAGCGAGGGCUCACGAGUGAUCUUGAGAAUAUAUUUGUUUCAUUUUGGCGGGCGUUACACGACCACGCGAAGUACUUGUUCAUUCGUACGCAGCCGGCCUCAGCUGGAAGCGCCCUCCGGAGGCCGUGCCGGACGCGCAAAAAACGGUCACGGACGGUCGUGGAUGUGUCCCUGGACGGUUCACUCCGCACCUUUUGCCACAUGCCAUUUCCACGCCAACUGCUGGGACAGUGCCCACCUUGGGAUUGCCUCUUUGAAGGCGAGGGUCGGUGGUGGCGAGGGUCGGUGGUGGCGAGGGUCGGUGGUGGCGACAGUCGGUUUUUAUGAAGCUCCCCAAAUCCUGCGAGGCGCCCACGGGAUGGCGACACGGUACGCAAGUUCACGAACCCAUCUGUGCGGACCUCUGAGUGAUCGUUCCAGGCAGGUGACUCUCACAAACGAAGACUGUCGUGGUCUCGUGCGUUCUCCCCUAGUCGAUCAAUGUUUACUUAGUGUCUACUCCUCACGUGCAUGGGGCUUUCUCCGGGUAUGCUCCUUGUCUCCCACUCGCAAAAGGACAGCAGCAGCAGCAGCUUUAAAUGGAAUUGGUAGAACAACCCAGCAUCUAGAACCAUCCUGAAAACGAGCCUCGAGAUUCGGCGAGGCUUUCCCGUGUAGAUCGACUAUUAUUAAAUUACCUUUCUUCAUACGCAGUCACUAAAAGUCCCUACUGCGUGCGCACUCCCGUGGCCGAUUUGUUGUUAAUUGAGUAAUUGCUGCAAUUUCUCUGUGCUCAGGAUUUCACGUCCCCCCCCCCUCUCCCCAGGGGGCGGGGCGGGGUGGGGGUCUGUACGUUUCAUUCGCCGCACGCCACCGACGCACAUGCGCCGGUUUAGCAACGGCGUCACGUUUGCCGCACCGCCCGGUAUCGCUGGGCACGCGGUGGCCACAGCGGGCGGCCGUGGUGAUCUCUCGCGAGUGGGACGGCCCUCCCGAAACGCAGUGGCUGCCCACCUGCGCUGUGUGCGCCUCCCCCCCCCCCCCCCCCCCCCCCCCCCCACUGGGGCUGCCCAACGCGUGUUGGAUUGUCGAGGCCCAUCGCGGUUUCACAAUUUUACUUUUUUAACCUCCAGCAUCAAUGAAUAUGGAUACACGAGAGAAACCGUGCAUUGAUAUCGUUACUAUUGUGUUAUACAAAUGAGAUUCCAUAUUUUAUUAUUAUUACUAUUAUUGAACUUGUUCACCCAGGAAAGCCUCAGAAUCUUUUAUUUGGGAGAAUCCUGGAAAUGUUUCCGCAAGAGGGGGAGGGGGGGGGGGGGGGCGAUGUUGUCUCUGCUGCUGCUGCUGUGUGAUCCCAGUUGAGUGAAUUUGGAGGUGAUUUUACAGCAUUUAGAUGACUUGGAGAAGCCAGAAACCGUGCACAACAGGGGGAGAACAAUCAGACUCCACACAGAGAGGCGCCCGGGUCAGGCAUCGAACCCAGGCCCACGCGGCUUUGGCAGGUACCCUGGUCGCUCUUGAAAAAGAGACUUGAAGUCCCAAUGGCUUGUCUUGUACACGUGCACAGCCCUCUGUCAAUCCACUGCUGGAUGGGGGCCUUCCCACUACGUGGGUAUUGUUGGCACUGCACAGUGCUGGUCAGUGCGGCAUGGUGAAUAGGGGGGAGGUUGAACGUGGGAGCAUAGAUGCACAGUCUAACAAUGGUUUUUGCAGCGCUGCUGUCCGCUGCCCAUGACGAAGCCCUGUAGCAGCCUGUAACACCUGGUGAGCGUGGUGGUCGCCCAUCCAGACCCUAUAUCAAUACAGGCCCUCAAACCUGCCUAAUCGGUUAUCGCCUCAUUCAAUAAAGAUAGCUCAGUGAAUACA